AAGUUCAGCAGUCCCCCGCCUACUCUUCUCUGGAGAAAAAAAUUUCUCAGACUCCGCCUGAACCCUAGCUAGCGCGGCGGCCGGGGAUGGUGGCGAAGAAGCCGGCCGCGUCAGCGGCAGCCGGCGCCGUUGGCCCGGAGGCGGAGGAGCGGAAGCGCCUGCGUUCGCUGGCCUUCUCCAAGGGCCUGCUGCAGCGCGGCGAGCCGGCGGCGCCGCGGGCGGCGCUGCCGCCGUCCGGCGCCGUGGCGCGGUUGCAGGGGCGCGACAUCGUGCGGCCGCGGGGCCAGCGCAGGGGCCGCUUCCUCUUCUCCUUCCCCGGCCUCCUCGCGCCCGCCGCCGCCGGCGGCCGCGUCGGGGAGCUCGCCGACCUCGGCACCAAGAAUCCCGUCCUCUACCUCGAGUUCCCGCAGGGGAGGAUGAAGCUGCUGGGGACGCACGUGUACCCCAAGAACAAGUACCUCACGCUGCAGAUGACCAGAUCCGCCAAGGGCGUCGCCUGCGAGGACGUCUUCGAGAGCAUGAUUGUGUUUCCCGAAGCCUGGUGGGUCGGGACGAAGGAAGAGAACCCCGACGAGCUCAAACUCGAGUUUCCAAAAGAGAUGCAGAAUGCUGCGGAAGAUGUUGAUUUUAAAGGCGGGGCAGGUGCUGCCAGUGGCGAGGUAGUUACAGUAAAUAAACCCAGAAAGCAGGCCGCUGUGCCCCGCACAGCAGAGCCCCGCACACCAGAGCCCCACACACCAGAGUAUGAAUCCGAUGCUGAUUCAGAGGAUUCGGAUGUUAAGGAUGAGAUUGGCACGCAGACUACGAGUGAUACACCUGUUAGGAAAUCUGCCAGAACUGCUGGGAAGACCUUCAAGUUCGCAGAGCUCGCUGGAGGAGAUUCGGCUGAAAGUGACACUGAGAUUGAGUUUGCUGAGGACUUGGAUGAGAAGAUGGAGAGUGCAGAAAUUAAGGAAGAAAUCCCAGGUGAAGACAUUAAGGAAGAAAUCCCAAGUGAAGACAUUAAACCUGAAGAUCCUCCAGCAGAGUCUCUUUCUAUCAAGAAGCAACCACUUGUUCAGGCUAAUUUGUCUGCCAUGUUUAAAAAAGCAGAAGAAAAAAAGAGACCUACAACUACAAGAAGUCCUAAAGGUUCUCCAGCUACAAAAGGUCCUGCUGCUAAGAAGCAGCGAGCAACUCCAACGAAAAAACAGUCACCAGCGAAGAAGGAAGCAAGCGGAUCUCAGAAAAAGCAAAAAGCAAAGGUAGAAGAAGAUGAAAUUGAAGAGCUCUCGGAUGAUCCCUCUCAGGAUGAUGAUGCAGCUCCUGCUAAGAAGCAGCGAGGAACUCCAAAGGGAAAACAGUCAGCAGCAAAGAAGGAAGCAAGCGGAUCCCGGAAAAAGAAAAAGCCGAAGGUAGACGAGGAGCUCUCUGAUGAAUCCUAUCAGGACGACGACAUGGGCGAGGAGGAGGAGGACGAUGAUAGCGAUGACGACUGGGCCGGGUAAGGAGUGCCCAGAUCUGACAUGCCGUGGAAAGGGUGGAUCGCGGAUGAGCGACCCUCCCUCCCUCACUGGCGUGCGUAGUAGUAGAGCGUGCAUAGAGAGUGUGUUUGCUCUUUCUAGCUGAGCAGUGUGAAAAAAAUGCUUGUUUCUUGAUGUACAAUUUCUAGAGCAUCAUCUCAGUCCAUGUGUAGUACCGCAGGAAUCCGAUCCUGACCCACGCGGGUUGUAGUAGGAGUUGGAAUUGCGAGAUAUAAUUCGCUAGGCGUGUUUGUUUGUUGUAAUAACAGGAGCAGAAAUCGUUGUGAGAUUGUGCUGAUAAAAUCCAGGCCGAGCCCCCAGCGAUGUGAGGUUGUGCUGAUAAAAUC